GGCUCCGCCCCGGGCCUGCCCAGGGGAAGAGCGGAGCGGCCCGGAGCCGGGUCGGGUUGGGUCGGGGCCCCUCCAGGGAGGAGCGGCGGCGGCAGCGGCGGCGGCAGAAAUGAUGGAAGAAUUGCAUAGCUUGGACCCAAGGAGGCAAGAACUGUUAGAAGCCAGGUUCACCGGAGUUGGAGUUAGUAAGGGUCCACUUAAUAGUGAGUCUUCGAACCAGAGUUUAUGCAGUGUGGGGUCCUUGAGUGACAAAGAAUUAGAGACCCCUGAGAAAAAACAAAAUGACCAGCGGAACCGGAAAAGGAAAGCAGAACCAUAUGAAACUAGCCAAGGGAAAGGCACUCCUAGAGGACAUAAAAUUAGUGAUUACUUCGAGUUUGCUGGGGGAACCGGACCAGGGACCAGCCCUGGUAGAAGUGUUCCACCUGUUGCACGAUCCUCACCACAACAUUCCUUAUCUAAUCCCUUACCACGGCGAGUGGAGCAGCCGCUGUAUGGUCUAGAUGGCAGUGCUGCAAAGGAGGCACAGGAAGAACACUCGGCUCUGCCAACCCUGAUGUCGGUGAUGCUGGCAAAACCUCGGCUUGACACUGAGCAGCUGGCACAGCGGGGAGCCGGCCUCUGCUUCACUUUUGUCUCGGCUCAGCAAGGCAGCCCUUCUUCUACUGGAUCUGGUAACACAGAGCAUUCCUGCAGUUCCCAAAAACAAAUUUCCAUCCAGCACAAACAGACACAGUCUGACCUCACGAUAGAAAAAAUAUCUGCAUUAGAAAACAGUAAGAAUUCUGAUCUGGAGAAGAAGGAGGGGAGAAUAGACGAUUUAUUGAGAGCAAACUGUGAUUUGAGACGGCAGAUUGAUGAACAGCAAAAGAUGCUAGAGAAAUACAAAGAACGGUUGAAUAGAUGUGUGACAAUGAGUAAGAAACUUCUUAUAGAAAAGUCAAAGCAAGAGAAGAUGGCAUGCAGGGAUAAAAGCAUGCAAGACCGUUUGAGACUAGGUCACUUCACUACUGUCCGACAUGGAGCCUCUUUCACUGAACAGUGGACAGAUGGUUAUGCUUUUCAAAAUCUUAUCAAGCAACAGGAAAGGAUAAACUCACAGAGGGAAGAGAUAGAGAGACAAAGAAAAAUGUUAGCAAAACGAAAACCUCCUGCCAUGGGACAGACCCCUCCAGCAAACAAUGAACAGAAACAACGCAAAAGCAAGACUAAUGGAGCUGAAAAUGAAACGUUAACAUUAGCUGAAUACCAUGAACAAGAAGAAAUCUUCAAACUCAGACUAGGUCAUCUUAAAAAGGAGGAAGCAGAGAUCCAGGCAGAGUUGGAAAGGCUAGAGAGAGUUAGAAAUCUACAUAUCAGGGAAUUAAAACGGAUACAUAAUGAAGAUAAUUCACAAUUUAAAGAUCAUCCAACGCUAAAUGACAGAUACUUGUUGUUACAUCUGUUGGGUAGAGGAGGUUUCAGUGAAGUUUACAAGGCAUUUGACUUAACAGAACAGAGAUACGUAGCUGUGAAAAUUCACCAGUUAAAUAAAAACUGGAGAGAUGAAAAAAAGGAGAAUUACCACAAGCAUGCAUGUAGGGAAUACCGAAUUCACAAAGAGUUGGAUCAUCCUCGGAUAGUUAAGCUGUAUGACUACUUUUCUCUUGAUACUGACUCGUUUUGUACAGUAUUAGAGUACUGUGAGGGAAAUGAUCUGGACUUCUACCUUAAACAGCACAAGUUAAUGUCAGAAAAGGAGGCCCGAUCCAUUAUUAUGCAGAUUGUGAAUGCUUUAAAGUACUUAAAUGAAAUCAAACCUCCCAUCAUUCACUAUGAUCUCAAACCAGGUAAUAUUCUCUUAGUAAAUGGUACAGCAUGUGGAGAGAUAAAAAUCACAGAUUUUGGUCUUUCUAAGAUUAUGGAUGAUGAUAGCUACAAUUCAGUUGAUGGUAUGGAGCUAACAUCACAGGGUGCUGGUACUUACUGGUAUUUGCCACCAGAGUGCUUUGUGGUUGGGAAGGAACCACCAAAGAUUUCCAAUAAAGUUGAUGUCUGGUCAGUAGGGGUGAUCUUCUACCAAUGUCUUUAUGGAAGGAAGCCUUUUGGACAUAACCAGUCGCAGCAAGACAUUCUACAAGAGAAUACUAUUCUUAAAGCUACUGAAGUGCAGUUCCCUCCAAAGCCAGUUGUGACACCUGAAGCAAAGGCAUUUAUCCGGCGCUGUCUGGCCUACCGAAAAGAAGAUCGUAUCGAUGUCCAGCAGCUGGCAUGUGACCCCUAUUUACUUCCUCACAUCCGAAAAUCAGUUUCUACAAGCAGCCCUGCUGGAGCUGCAAUUGCAUCAACUUCUGGGGCAUCCAAUAACAGCUCUUCAAACUGAGACAGAUUCUUAGGCCAAAGACUGUGCAACACAAGCGGACAAAUGGCAUUCAGCAGUGGAUUCGGAGAAUAGCGAAUCUGAAUGGAUUUCAUGAAACCUGUACCAGGUGCUUUUUUUCUUGCUUUUUUCCCAUCCAUAGAGCAUGACAGCAUCAGUUCUCAUUGAGAAGAAACCUUGGGCAGUGCCAGCCAGGCCCUGCAGGAAAAAGCCCUGAGGUUCCCAUGUCACUGGCCGCCGUGUGUGGCUGCUCUGAGUGAGGGGGGAAAAACAAAAACUAACUGGAUCCAUGUACUGUGAACGUGCAAACAUGCAGACUCGGGGGGUCCCUGACGCAGCGCUUCUGAUGAAGAAUGUGGACUUUGAAAAUACAGACUGGGCUAGUCCAGUGUCUAUAUUUAAACUUGUUCUUUUCUUUUAAUAAAGUUUAGGUAACAUCUCCUGAAAAGCUCACAGCACAAAAGGCUCAGCUGGGGAUGGUGUUUGACUUCAAAGGAAAAAAAAAGUUGCUAUUGCCCAUUGAUGGCACUAGAGUUAGUGUUCCCUUCUUCCCUUCUUCCUCCCCCAAUAAUUUCAGUUUUUAAAGACUUACAGCUUCCCUGGUCCCUUUUUUAUUUUUGAAAGAAAACAUUUGGUCACAAAGUGAAACCCGUAUUAGCAGGUAUGUGGAAAUGUUCAUUCCAAUCAGAUGCAGCUUUUUCCUCUUCUAUCUGAUCUCCUAUUAACAAUUGUUUCCCUCAUCUCAGUAGAGAAACAGUUGAAUGGGAGAAGAAAGAUGUGUGGCCUUUUGCCAUUAGACAAGAAAUAAGGUUAGAAGACUGCAACUAGGAGUCUCUCUAGGUUUUCAACUAUUUCUUCACAAUUUAAACACUUGACGGUUGUCCCUUUUAAUUUAUUUGAAGUGCUAUUUUUUUAAAUAAAGAUUUGUCUGUCCAUGCAAUCCUCUUGGAUUCUCCUUAUAUAUUAUCUGUUGAAUCUGUCAGAAGAAAAAGAAAAGACAGAAAAUAGUCUGGAAAGCCAAAUGCAGCAAUAGGGAUCAGUAGCUUCCUUCACAUGAUCUUUCUGUUCACUAACAAUUGUAUGUUUCUGGUUAAUUACAUUAAAAUUUGAACAGUCCAUAAGCUUUCCUCUGCUAGAUCAUUUGGCAGAAAAUUCCCCAACUCAUUUUGUCCCCUCCAAACUGCUGUGCAUGUGUUCCAGCACACUGUGGAUGUAGCUUACUGGUUUAGACUGAUCUGAUGGAUUUUUGAAAGAUCUCAAGGAGAAUUAGAGAUGUCAAAUCUUAACAUUCUUUUGCCUGACUUUUUAGUCGCGUAGUCACUGAAGUGUGUGUUCAUUUGGAGAAGAAACUGAAAUGGGAGCCGCAUGGCCCCUCUCUGCCCUCCAAACACCAGAGUGCUAAACCCAAAGAGGGGGAAGGAGGGCAGAGCCCAAACAUGUGGCAGCCAGCUUGGAAUGUAACUAACAUGUGGCAGGAGAGCUAGCCAGAAAUAUUUAAAGAUGCAGCAUUCAGGAGGGGGAGGGUCCCAAAAACUGAGAAAAAGGAGGUUAGGAGGGUGGGAAGAGAGGAUAAGCACACACACAGCUCGAAACCCCCAUGUUUCUUUUAUAUCGGUUUUAGGGGAGAAGCAGGGAAAUGCCACUGCUAGCAAGUUUUUUCAUCUAUAGGGCACACUUUAUUUCCCUCACUAUGGAGAGUCACCAUGGGAUGAUCAUAGCAAAUUCUUGAAUUAGAACUGUUUGUGAAGCCAGUCCAAUGGGAGGCAUCCUUUGAGUCUUCAUUAGUACCUGUCCCUACAGGUUUCCAAAUUUUUUGCUUCUGGUCUGGAUUUUUUCAGCAGGUACCUGACAUACACUAAAACCUGUCAAGGAAGGAAGCCCUCCUGGGUUCUAAAAGACUUGAGAGCAAGGACUUUGUUGAGAGAGGGGGGUGGGUAACUAUUUGUGUACUCACUGAUAUGGAAGAAACUAUGAUCUUUAAAAAAAUUAUUCCAGUAAUUUAAUCCUAGUAACUAUUCUAAUUAACUUGAUUGGAUCUGGAAUUCUACUUUAAAAUAUUUUUAACUUUAUUUUUAUUUGAGGGGGAAAAUGCUGCAUCUUUAAGUCUUCCCUCUAACUUCCUGCCCUCUUCAACCUCAGAGAAAAUUAACUCCUUUCAGGACCAGUUAAGUCUACCUGUUCAGGCUCCUGGAAUGGUUAGGUUUUCUUUGAAGUGAAACUACAGUAACUCCACUGUGACUAUUGAGCUUUAUCUUCUACUUUUUCUACCUCCACUCUGAAGGGAGGAGCAGAUAGAUUCCCCACCCUCAGCCUUAUUGUGUAUCUGGGUUAGGUCAGCUGGUUCUGGGACAAGACCUUUUCCCUUGGAUGCUCUAACCUCACCGUAGGGACAAACAGAGCGUACUGUCCUUUUCUGGUGUGGAUCAGGUCACUAGUGAAGAACCAAGUGGGACUCUAGGUUUUGACGUGCUUUGUUAAUAUGGGUUUCACUUUCUCCAAGGAUGGCCCCUUAUUGCCACAAUGUUCAUUUACUUUACCAAAAAAAAUUUUUUUUUUUUUAAACAAAUGUAUUAAUUUGUAACUUAAACCUGGCCAGACUGUUUUGGCUUUACCCAACAAAUGAAAGACAUGGAUAUUAAAAUAAGUUUUAAGAAAUGAA